UCAGCACCACCUCGUGUUUGUCGAAAGACCCAAAGGGGCGGGCGCUUUAGGCACCCAGUAGUGACUAGCAGACCCUGACUUACGAAUUGACAAUACAUAGCUUGACGCUUUGACUGAGACCAACAGUGACAGAGCCCGGUCGCGUUCGAGAAAUGCUGGCUACGUGCCGGUAGCAGAACUCGCAGACUCGCCUUGGAGGGCCGACCCAUUGGCGCUUGAGUAUACAGCUAGUGACUAUGACUCGACAAAGCGUCAUGUCCCAACGCAGUUUGCUACUGCUCGUAAUAGUUGCCGGGGCGAUGCUGGUCGCUAACGUCGCGGCGCAGAGCACCACGCCCCGUGUACGCAUUAUGGGUAACUUACUUGACUCUUGCCCGAAGAACUGGACGUUCACGGCCAACGUAGAGCCGUGCAUGUUCAGUGCAGCCUCCAACCCGUUGCCGUACCGCGAGUAUGCGCAGUACGGCAUCAGCCUGGGCCCGGCGGAGGUGGGGCAAUUUGACAUGGUGCUGACAGUUGUGUCCGAUGAAGGCGACGUCGACAUCAAGCUGCUGGGGCCGGACGGCUCCGUGAUCGGGUCCAGUGCGGAGCGCGUUGGCAGUGACGUGGUGAUUGCGCGGCGGACCGACACGCAGCGGCUGGGGCCCGGCACCUACACACUGGCGGUGCAGGCGGUGGGCGGAGCGCUGAGCACCUACACCAUUACGGUCCAAGGUGUGCCUACGGCCCGGCGCCUGGCCGCCGCCGAGCUGGCCCUGCUGAGCUCCGUGGCCGACCAGUGCUGCGCCUUCGAGGACGACGACCAGCUGCCCGACACCUGCACGCGCCUGCGCGCAGCCACGGCCGGAAACGCCACGGCGGACCAGGACAUCUGCAACACGCCGCCCAACGUGUGCGACUCAGCGGGCCGGCUGGUGAAGCUGGUGCUGAGUGGCGGCGACACGGGCAACUUCGUGUGCCCCACCUUCCCGGCCGAGCUGGGCCGUUUCCCCGCACUCACGGUGCUGGACUGGACCAGCAACGGACAAGUCGGCACGCUGUCCACCGUGGUCUCCGUGCUGCGCCCGCUGCUGGGCACUGGGCAGCUGCGGCGCCUGUACCUGGGCAGCAACGCGCUGUCGGGGCCGCUGGCGCCCGCCUGCGACCUGCUGGCGGCACCAGGGCUGGAGGUGCUGUGGAUGGACGCCAACGUGUUGGAGGGCCCGGUGCCUUCCUGCCUGUUCUCCAGCCCCAGCCUGCUGCAGCUGUCGCUCAGCGGCAACCUGCUCACGGGGCCGCUGCCGCCGCUGCCGGCCGGCUGCGCGCUGGUGUCCCUGGACGUGAGCGACAACGGCCCGCCGGCGGGGCCCUCGCCCAGCAGCCCGGGACUGUCGGGCCCGCUGCCUGCCUCCAUCACCAACGCCGCCAAAAUGCGCUACCUGGACAUCAGCAGCAACAGCUUCAGCGGCACGCUGCCUGCGCUGCCCACCUCCCUGCAGGUGCUGCGCGGCUCCGACAACCUGCUGGCGGGCCCGCUGCCGGCCAGCCUGGACGCCACAGACGACCUGCGGGUGCUGGACCUGUCGCGCAACAGCCUCAGCGGCACACUGCCAAGAGGCAUUGUGAACAACGAGCUGCUGACGGUGCUGCGGCUGGCCUCCAACCGCCUGGUCGGCGACCUGCCGUUCGCCUGGGGCGAGUACCUGGUGGACGUGGACCUGGCCGACAACGGCUUCACAGGCACCUACACCAAGCUGUGGUACCAGCCCAGCCUCAUCCGCCUCAACCUGGCUAACAACAACCUCAGCCUGCAUAUGGAGGACCUGGCCCUGGGCAUGAACGGCACCGUCAACAGCCUCUUGUACUUCAACAUCUCCCACAACAACAUCUCGGGCCGGCUGGAGGCGGGGCUGGGCGGCAUGCGGCUGUUCAACAGCCUGCAGCUGCAGCCGGAUGACGUGGACGCACUCACGGCCUCUGCCGCCGAGGUGCCGCCCCAGCCGCUGUUCGACAUCCGCGGCAACCUCAUCCGCUCCGUGUUCCCCACCUGGCUGCUGCCGCUGCUGGGGCAGCUGUACUGGAUGUCGCCCUACGACUGGAUCCCGCUCAGCCUGGAGCUGCAGCCGCAGAAGCCCGCGCCCGCGGUCGACUCGCAGGGAGCCACUCCCGGCCUGAUGUGCCCGGCGGACAAUGCGGUGCUGCCCGGCAACCUGUACUACCUGGACCAGCUGCAGGCGCUGUACGACCUCACAUGCGUCAAGAUGCCCUUCGACCAGGUCCUCAACAUCUCCUCCUACAACGACAAGUCCUUGAGGCCCAUGGCACCGCCCAAGCCCCCCGCGCCGCCGCGCCCGCCGCCGCCCUCGCCGCCGCGCCCGCCCCGCCGCCGGUCCAACUCCACCGCCACGCCCAGCCCCGAACCGGACAGCACUGACACCGGGACCGACCCAAGCGGCGGCGGCACCGGCACUGGCUCCACUCCAGGCAGCGGCAGCGGCACCAGCAACGGCACUGGGUCCACGGGCGGCACCGGCAACGGCAACGGCAGUGGCGGUGGCACUCUGCAGCCCGGCGACACCGGGGGGGCGGGGGGCGGCAGCACCAGCAAGGACACCAGCACAGGGGGCAGCGGCUCCAGCACAGGGGGCAGCGGCAGCGGCGGCACCGGGGCCGGGGCCGGCGGCAGUGGUAACAGCAACACUGGCGGCAGCGGCAGCGGCGGAGUCAACGCGGGUGAUGGCACUACACAGCCAGAUGGUGGCAGCAGCAGUGGCGGCAGCAGCAUGGGCGCAAUCAUUGGCGGCGCGGUGGCGGGUGUGGCGGUGCUGGCGCUGGCCGGUGUGGGCUACUGGUGGUACCGGCAGCGGCAGGCGCGCAACGCGGCGUACGCGUCCAGGCGUCUGCCGCUGACCCACAACACGCUGUACGAGCCGGCCCCCAGCGACGGCACCGCCUCCAACUACGCCGACCUGCAGAUGUUUGAGUUCAGGGCCGACGGCCGGCCCGCACGCCACCGGCCCCGCAUGGCGUGAUGGGCUGUGCUGGGGCUGCAGGCUGUCAUGCGCCCAGCAGCAGUAAGGCUGUAGCGGCAGUAGCGGCAGCGGGGCUGCAGUGUUCAGUACUGGGGCGUCGGUGUCGUGGAUGCACUGGCAAGCAAAUGCCCUUCGGGGGGAUGUAGAAAAGCUGUUGCAGCCCUCCCUGGUGCGUGCCGGGCCAGGGCUGCAAGCACGGAGGUGACCGCAACGGCGCAUGACCAAGACGUUCGUCGCUGGCUGAAUACGUCCUCCAUAGUAGCAUAAUUUGACACUGAUUGAUUCUUCGUUCACAUGACUGAUUUUAGUUCAAUGUAGCUUCAACAGCAUCGUGCUGCUGCGUCCAUGCUGGCGUCGGCAAAGUCAGGAUGUCAUGGAGACUGCAGCGAGGGUCCUGCGGGAUAACCGUUAGCUGAUAAUAGUGCUUGUUAGCAAGGGGGGUUGGCACCUUGCGCCCCCCGUACAGUAGGAGGGCGUGCGAUGGGACAGCGGUAAGGCAGGUUGGUGAAGUGCCGUAAGGUGCAGCUGAUUCCCCCCGUGCAGUAGGAGGGCGGAGGGGGCUGCUGCAGUGUACGCCAAGGCAGCGAGUGGUCGGACGGUGGAACUUGGUGGCUUGGUGCCAUUGAGCCCUGGCCCGUUUGACUGAAGGCCGGGCCAGUUGCUUGAAAGGGGCGGAGACGGUGAAUUCGCUUGUAACGCAGAAUGAAA